AGGCCGUAUAAAUAUCGGAAAACGUCGUGUCACUCUUAACGACUGUAUUUAUUUUAUUAUUAUUUUUUUUUUUAAUUUCAAUUGGCUGCUUUUUCCUCCGAUUCUUCCCCAAAUUGAGAACCAAAAAAUCUGUAGAUGGAGGCGACAGCGAACGAAGUUUUGGAUAAUUCUUCUGUUUCGACGGAUGCUGUUGUGGAGCAGAAUCACGAGAAUCCAGCCUACGAGUUGCCGACUCAUGGAGGACUGGAAGCUAAACCCGCUUUUUCAGAAGAAGAAGUAAGAGGCACAUUGGAAACAAGUGCGUCCACUGGGAAAUUUUGGCAAGAUUGGGAAAAAUUAAAAAGCAUUCUGUCCUACCAGCUUAAGCAGGUCCUUUCAGAAUAUCCAGAGGCUAAAAUGAGUGGUGAGCAGCAGAGAUCCUCAUUACAAGAGACGUUUGAGGAAUUGGUGAAAAGGUUGGACGAUGCUCUUCGUAGCUUUGAUGAUGGCCCUCCGUUUACUUUGCAAAGACUCUGUGAGAUACUUUUGUCUGCAAGAAGUAUUUAUCCCAAGCUGUCGAAGCUUUCUUUGGCUCUAGAAAAGAUUUUAUUGGUCACAUCUACAUUGACAAUCUCGACUGAUCCGUAUCCAAUUGUGACCAAACAAAAUACAAAUGGAACUUAUGACGGAAGUGGGAUGGCCCAGCCUCAGAACAAUAUAGUGGAAAACGGAGUAGAACCUUGUGUAGGGGACAGAGACGAAAUAAUGGCUGAAGUAGAAGAAGCCGAGGUCGGUGAAGACAUGACUGUGGACAUGGAAACAAAUGAAAACGUAGUCAGACCAUCAGAAGCAAAUCCUACUUCAACGGUUGACUCAUAGAUAUCACAUACCAUAAUUUCCUGUGCAGAACAUUGGUCUCUGGUUAGCAAAGUUACAACAACUCGAUGCUGCAUUCUUUCGACAGGCACUCAGGUCGGAUUAUGGUUGUAAGAAAAUUUUGUACUUUUAUGCAAAACCUGCAUGAAAUUAUUUAUCGCAUAUUUGUACUUCAUGGAAAGACUGAUAUUUGCAUGUCUUAAUCAGCCUCAAUUUCUUCAUAUUUUCAUUGUUAUUAAUAUGAUUGUUGAGAGGAAGUACAAACUCUAUUAAACAAAAGAUUUGUAAAACCA